GCUGACUGGUUCUCUAUCUGCGCCUCCAACAGAACCAGUCUCCUCCCCUAAAGUUGAUGUGAAAAAGAGAGCAUUAUGCUGUCUGAACACGGGAAGAAGUUGGGUUCAUAAACUAAAUCGGCAGUUUGUUUACAGUAACUCCAAGUUUUUCUAUUGUCGUCUUUUUGUAAUUUUGACUGGUAAAAACAUGUCUCGUUUCGGGGCGGUGUUGUUCGCAAUUUGACGAGUGAUACGCAGGAUUGUUGCCAAGAUACAUUGUAACGUGUCAGAGUAAUAACUUAAUCAAACCGAGACUGGAAAGACGACUUUUGGACAGAAUUAAGCGAAAAUGUCAGACAACAGAUCAAGUUUUCUUCAUAUUGGAGACAUUGUGUCGCUGUACGCAGAAGGCACUGUCAAUGGCUUCAUCAGUACAUUGGGGCUUGUUGAUGACAGGUGUGUGGUGCAGCCCGAUGCAGGAGACCUGGCCAAUCCGCCCAAAAAGUUCAGAGACUGCCUGUUCAAGGUGUGUCCGAUGAACAGAUACUCAGCUCAGAAGCAGUUCUGGAAGGCCAAACAGGGCAAACAAGGCAACAACAACACAGAAGAAGACCUAUUCAAGAAGUUACAGCAUGCAGCAGAACUGGAACAGAAGCAGAAUGAGACGGAGAAUAAGAAGCUGCUGGGAGAGGUGGUAAAGUACAGUAACGUCAUCCAGCUUCUGCAUAUAAAGAGUAACAAGUACUUGACGGUGAACAAGCGUCUGCCAGCGCUGCUGGAGAAGAACGCCAUGCGUGUGUCUCUGGACCCAGCUGGCAAUGAGGGCUCCUGGUUCUACAUCCAGCCCUUCUGGAAACUCCGCAGCGAGGGGGAUAACGUGGUGGUGGGAGACAAAGUGGUCCUGAUGCCCGUGAACGCAGGGCAGCCUCUCCACGCCAGCAACAUUGAGCUGCUAGACAACCCUGGCUGCAAGGAGGUGAACGCUGUGAACUGCAACACCAGCUGGAAGGUCACUCUGUUCAUGAAGUUCAGUGACUACAGAGAGGACGUCCUCAAAGGAGGUGAUGUGGUGCGUCUGUUCCACGCUGAACAAGAGAAGUUCUUGACAUGUGACGAAUACAGGAAUCAGCAGCACAUCUUUCUCAGGACCACCCUAAGACAGUCUGCCACCUCUGCCACCAGCUCCAAAGCACUCUGGGAAAUAGAGGUUGUGCACUACGACCCCUGCAGAGGGGGUGCCGGCCAAUGGAACAGCCUGUUUCGCUUCAAACACCUGGCCACUGGAAACUACCUGGCUGCAGAGAUUAACCCUGAUUUCCGGGAUGAAAGUGUGGCAUCCAAAGCAGAGGUGAAUCAGACGGAGACAGAUACAGCGUACUCCAAGAGGAAGCGUCAGGCUGCAGAGAAGAUAGCCUGCACCCUGGUGUCUGUGCCCCAUGGCAACGACAUCGCUUCUCUGUUUGAGCUGGACGCCACCACGCUACAGAUGGCUGACUGUCUGGUGCCCAGGAACUCGUACGUACGGUUGAGACACCUAUGUACCAACACCUGGGUGAGCAGCACCAACUUCCCCAUCGACGCUGAGGAGGAGCGCCCCGUCAUGCUCAAGAUUGGCACGUGCCCUACGAAGGAGGACAAGGAGGCAUUUGCUAUUGUCUCUGUACCCCUGUUUGAGGUCCGAGACCUGGACUUUGCCAACGAUGCCAACAAGGUCCUGGAGUCGACCGUGAAGAAGCUGCAGUAUGGCAACAUUGCUCAGAAUGAGAGGAGGUUUGUGACCAAGCUGUUGGAGGACCUGAUCUUCUUUGUGUGCGAGGUCCCCAACAACGGUCAGGACGUGCUGUCUGUGGUCAUCUCCAACCCCAACAGGGAAAGGCAGAAACUAAUGAGGGAACAGAACAUUCUAGCCCAGAUUUUUGGUAUUCUGAAGGCUCCAUUCACAGACCAGGGGGAGGGUCCCAUGCUGAAGCUGGAGGACUUGGGGGACCAGCGCUAUGCUCCCUUUAAGUACAUGCUGCAGCUGUGCUACCGGGUGCUGCGCCACUCCCAACAGGACUACCGCAAGAACCAGGAGUACAUAGCCAAGAAGUUCUCCAUCAUGCAGUCUCAGAUCGGUUAUGAGAUCCUGGCGGAGGACACAAUUACAGCUCUGCUCCACAACAACCGCAAGCUGCUGGAGAAACACAUCACAGCCAAGGAGAUUGAGACCUUCGUCAAACUGCUGCGUCGCAAUCGAGAGCCCAGGUUCCUGGACUAUCUGUCAGACCUGUGUGUGUCCAAUAAGACGGCCAUUCCAGUGACACAGGAGCUUAUCUGUAAAUUCAUGCUGAACUCCGCCAAUGCUGACAUCCUCAUCCAGACCAAGCUAAUCCCCAACACAGAGACAUCCCUGGAGUCGUCCUUGCUGCUGGAGGACGCAGAGGAGGAGGAGGUGUGGCUCUACUGGAUCGACAGCCACAAGGAGCCGCACGGCAAGUCCAUCCGCCACCUGGCCCAGGACGCCAAGGGCAACCACAAGCUGGACAGUGACAUCAUCACCUACUACAGAUACCAGCUCAACCUUUUUGCCAAGAUGUGUCUGGACCGCCAGUACCUGGCCAUCAACCGGUUGUCCAGCCAGCUGCCCGUGGAACUGAUCCUGCGCUGCAUGUUUGACGACUGCCUGCCCUACAACCUGCGUGCCUCUUUCUGCCGCCUCAUGCUGCACAUGCACGUGGACCGCGAGCCCCAGGAGGCCGUGGUGGCUGUGCGCUACGCCCGCCUCUGGACCGAGAUCCCCUCCAAGAUCACCAUCCACGAGUAUGAGUAUGAGUUCAGAGACACCUCCAGAGAGGAGAUGAAGAGGAAGUUUGCCCCCACCAUGGAGUUUGUAGAGGAAUACCUCAAAGACGUGGUCAGCCAACCCUUUCCCUUCGGAGAUAAAGAGAAGAAUGAAUUGACUCUGGAGGUGGUACAUCUGGCCCGUAACCUGGUCUACUUUGGCUUCUACAGCUUCAGUGAGCUGCUGCGUCUCACACGUACCCUCCUGGCCAUACUGGACUUUGUCCAGCACCCACUCACCUACAUGGACAAGCUCAGCAAGAGUCCCGAGGCAGGAAACAACGUGUUGCGUACCAUCCACGGCGUGGGGGAGAUGAUGACACAGAUGGUGCUGAGUAGAGGGUACGUCCUGCCUCACCACCUCCCCGACACGCCCCCGUCCCUCCAGCACGGAAUACAGCCCUUCCUUCUGCCUGACAACGAGGACGUCAUGGUCAUGGAUACCAAGCUCAAAAUCAUUGAGAUCCUACAGUUCAUCCUGAGUGUGCGGCUGGACUACAGGAUCACCUACUUGCUAUCCAUCUAUAAGAAAGAAUUUGGGGACAGGAAUCUACCAGACAGCUCUAUGUCGGUGUCUGAAUUCCCUUCCAUGUCAGAUCCAGACAUAGAUGAGAUUGCAGCCAAAGCAGAGACCAUGUUUGCUGGAAGUUCAGAGUGUAGUGCUGUGGAGCUGGAUGACGAAGGGGGCAGGACCUUCCUGAGGGUGCUGAUCCACCUCAUCAUGCAGGACUACCCCCCACUGGUCUCAGGCUCACUGCAGCUCAUGUUCAAACACUUCAGCCAGAGAGCAGAGGUCCUACAGGCCUUCAAACAGGUCCAGUUGCUGGUGUCGGAGCAGGAUGUAGAGAACUACAAGCAGAUAAAGACAGACCUGGACCAGCUAAGGCUGACAGUGGAGAAGUCUGAACUGUGGGUGGAGAAAAGUGGAGCCUACGGCAGUGAGGACAUAGGAGAGAGUCAGGGCAAGGAGCAGACCAUGGAGGAGGCUGGAAUCCUGAGCCCAGUACAGGGCGGAGAUGUCAAGCCACAGAUAGACAGCAACAAAGCCAACAACUACAACAUUGUCAAAGAGAUCCUGCUGCGGCUCAGUAAGCAGUGUUACCCCGGUAAAAAGAGUCGUGUGCAGCAGCAGAGGUUACUGAAGAACAUGGGCGCUCACACUGUGGUGCUGGACCUGCUCCAGAUACCUUAUGAGAAGAGUGAUAAGAAGAUGAAUGAGAUCAUGACACUGGCCCACGUGUUCCUGCAGAACUUCUGUAAAGGGAACAGCCAGAAUCAGGUUCUGCUCCACAAACACCUCAACCUGUUCCUCACACCAGGGCUCCUGGAGGCUGAGACCAUGCGCCACAUCUUCAUGAACAACUUCUAUCUGUGCAACGAUAUCAGUGACCGUGUGGUCCACCAUUUUGUUCACUGCAUCGAGACGCACGGCCGACACGUCCAGUACCUCAAGUUCCUCCAGACCAUCGUCAAGGCCGACGGGAAGUAUGUCAAGAAGUGCCAAGACAAGGUCAUGACCGAGCUGGUGAACGGUGGCGAGGACGUGCUGGUGUUCUACAACGACCGCUCCUCCUUCCCGGUGCUGUUCCAGAUGAUGUGCUGCGAGCGGGAGCGUGGGGAUGAGGGCGGAGCCCUGGCCUACCACAACACCCUGGUAGAGCUCCUCGCUGCCUGCACCGAGGGCAAAAACGUCUACACCGAGCUGAAAUGUAACUCCCUGCUGCCCCUGGACGACAUCGUCAAGGUGGUCACCCACGAUGACUGCAUCGCUGAGGUGAAGACGGCCUACGUGAACUUUGUGAACCACUGCUAUGUGGACACGGAGGUGGAGAUGAAGGAGAUCUACACCAGCCACCACAUCUGGAAGCUCUUUGAGAACUUUUUGGUGGACAUGGCACGGGUGUGCAACAGCACCACGGACCGUAACCAUGCCGACAUUCCCCUGGAAAUGUAUGUGAUUGAGACAGUAAUGGCCAUCGUCAAGGGCUUCUUCAGCUCCCAGUUCCCUGUCAACAACUCCAACCUGCAGACUCACCAGCCCAUCUUCAUCAAGCUGCUCCAGUCUUCCUUCAGGAUCUAUAACUGCACCUGGAUCAGCUCGGCCCAGAAGAACAACAUUGAGGGCUGCAUCAAAACACUGGCUGACGUGGCCAAGGCGCGUGCCAUAGCCAUACCAGUGGAUCUGGACAGCCAGGUGAACACUCUGUCUCUGAAGGCCCACACCAAUGUGGUGCAUCGUGCCGCCAAGGACUGGAGGAUCUCAGCACGCACCCGGCCCCGAAAGGAGACCCUAGGAGGGCCCGACUACAAGAGCAUCAUUGAGAAGCUGCAGGGUGUGGUGGCGUGUCUAGAGGAGCAGUUCAGUCCUAAGGUGCAGGCCGAGUUCUCUGUGUUGGUGGAUGUACUACACAGCCCUGAGCUGUUGUUCCCAGAGGCUGCCAGGCUGCGCUGUGAGAGUGGAGCCUUCAUGUCCAAACUGAUCAAACACACCAAGAAGCUGAUGGACAAAGAGGAAAAACUGUGUAUUAAGAUCCUGCAGACACUUAGAGAAAUGCUGGAUAAGAAGGAGGCCUUCGAUGAGCCUGUGAGUACUGAUCCAGACAUGGGAAAUGUGUUAAGGCAUAUUCUCCUCACUCGCUACUUUGGAAAUCAAAGGAUUCUCUCCAAAUCAGAGUUUGGGAGCGGGAACAGCUCGGCUGGAGGCUUUGGAGGUGGCUCUCUGGUCCAGGACUCUGACAAGCCGAGCAGCAGCAUGGUGGACAUCCAGUGUCUGCUUGACAGUGAGGGAGCCUCAGAGCUGGUCAUAGACCUCAUCGUCAGUACCAAGAACGAUCGCGUGUUCCAGGAGAGCAUCCUGCUAGGCAACGCCCUGUUGCGGGGGGGAAACACUCAGAUACAGAACUCGUUCUACCACCAGCUGCACAAGCAGAAGAAGUCGGAGCGAUUCUUCAAGGUGUUCUAUGACCGCAUGCGUCUGGCCCAGCAAGAGAUCCGGGCCACUGUGUCCGUCAACAUGUUCGAGGUGAGCACCUGCAGGAAGAGAGAGGAGGACGUCGACGUCAGUCACAGUGGCAUCCGGCUCAGGAAAACAGUGAAAGACUCUUCCCUUCACAUGAAAGACAACAUGCGUGGCCAGUUGAAGGAGGCGUCCUCAGCCACCUCCAAGGCCUUUGUCUCCUUCCGGAAGGAUCUGGACACUGACCUGGAGGUGCUGGACGGCCAGGCCGGUGAUGGGCCCGGGGGAGGGGGCGAGGAGAGAGAGGAAGAGACCCAGAUGAGCCCGGCCAUCACCAUCAUGAAGCCAAUCCUGCGAUACCUCCAGCUGCUCUGUGAGAACCACAACAGGAACCUGCAGAACUUCCUGCGGAACCAGAACAACAAGACCAACUACAACCUAGUGUGUGAGACUCUGCAGUUCCUGGACAUCAUGUGUGGCAGCACCACGGGAGGCCUGGGCCUGCUGGGCCUCUACAUCAAUGAGGGCAACGUGGACCUUGUCCGGCAGACCCUGGAGACAAUCACCGAGUACUGCCAGGGGCCUUGCCACGAGAACCAGUCCUGUAUAGCCAAGCACGAGUCCAACGGAAUCGACAUCAUCAUAGCUCUGAUAGUCAACUCCAUCAACCCCUUGGGGAAGAAUCGAAUGGACCUGGUGCUAGAACUCAAGAACAACGCCUCCAAGCUGCUGCUGGCAAUCAUGGAGAGUCGCCAUGACAGCGAGAACGCCGAGAAGAUCCUUUACAAGAUGAGGCCCAUGGAGCUGGUGGAUGUGAUGAAGGAGGCAUAUGCACAGGGCCUGGAGAGUGAAGCUGAGGAGAACUCUAUAGGAGACCAGAUCAAACCAAAAGACGUAGGACACAACAUCUACAUCCUGGCCCACCAGCUAGCCAGACACAGCAAGUUCCUGCAGCAGAGCUUGAGGCCGCUAGCGGCGGGGCUGCUGCUGAACGAUGACACGGAGGGAGGCGACGCCCUUGGUUACUAUGCCAACCACACCGCUCAGAUAGAGAUUGUGCGUCACGACCGCACCAUGGAGCAGAUAGUGUUUCCAGUGCCCAACAUCUGUGAGUACCUGACAGAGGAGUCCAAGACGCGCGUGUUCACUACAACCGAGAGGGAUGACCAGGGCAGCAAGGUCAACGACUUCUUCACGCAGUUUGACGACCUCUAUAAUGAGAUGCGCUGGCAGAAGAAGAUACGCAAUAACCUGGCUCUGUUCUGGUUCUCUCGGCACAUCUCUCUCUGGGGAAGCAUCUCUUUCUACCUAGCCGUUCUAGUCAACGUGGCCGUGGCUCUCUUCUACCCCUUUGGAGAUGACGGAGAUGAAGGCAUCCUGCCCCCCUUUGUGUCCAUCCUGCUGUGGGUGGCUUUGGUGGUGUGCACCGCCAUGCUCUUCAUCCUGCCCAAACCAGGGAGUGUCCGGCCCUUCCUGGUCUCUGUCAUACUGCGCUCUAUUUACACACUGGGCCUGGGCCCGACCCUGCUGCUACUGGGGGCCGCCAAUCUCCUAAAUAAGAUAGUGUUCCUGGUGAGCUUCGUGGGCAACCAGGGGACAUUUACGCGGGGCUACAAGGCAGUGGUCCUGGACAUGCCCUUCCUCUACCACGUAGGCUACAUCAUCGUCUGUAUGCUGGGCCUCUUUGUCCAUGAGUUCUUCUACAGCUUCCUGCUUUUUGAUCUGCUGAACCGUGAGGAGACCCUGCUGAACGUGAUUAAGAGCGUGACACGUAAUGGGCGCUCCAUCGUCCUCACGGCUGUGCUGGCCCUCAUUCUGGUAUACCUCUUCUCCAUCGUGGGCUUCCUCUUCCUCAAGGACGACUUCCUCAUGGACGUGCAACGUCUGCCAGGGAAACUGGAAACACUAAAAGAUGGCCAAGCUCCCUCCGACAAGUGUUUGAAAGACGGCUGCCCAGACUACUUACCCACGUCUGUCUCCAUGAUGGUGGAGGAGGACGAUGGGACGGAGCGUGUGUGUGACACUCUGCUGAUGUGUAUCGUGACGGUGCUGAACCAGGGCCUGAGGAACGGAGGGGGAGUAGGAGACGUGCUGAGGAAGCCUUCCAAAGACGAUCCUCUGUUUGCGGCCCGUGUGGUGUAUGACCUACUGUUCUUCUUUAUUGUCAUCAUCAUCGUCCUCAACCUCAUCUUCGGCGUCAUCAUCGAUACGUUCGCCGACCUGAGGAGCGAGAAGCAGAGGAAGGAGGAGAUACUGAAGACCACCUGCUUCAUCUGUGGGUUGGAGAGGGAUAAGUUUGACAACAAGACUGUGUCAUUUGAGGAGCACAUCAGGUCGGAACACAACAUGUGGCACUACCUGUACUUCCUGGUUCUGGUGAGGGUGAAGGACCCCACGGAGUACACUGGCCCCGAGAGCUACGUGGCCCAGAUGAUCAAGGAGAAGAACCUGGACUGGUUCCCCCGGAUGCGGGCCAUGUCCCUGGUGAGCAGCGAGGGGGACGGCGAGCAGAACGAGAUGCGCUCCCUGCAGGAGAAACUGGACAGCACCGUCACACUGGUGUCCCUGCUGUCCUCCCAGCUGUCUGAGCUAAAGGAUCAGAUGACAGAGCAGAGGAAGAAUAAACAGAUGAUGGGCUUCCUGGGGCCUGCUGGGGUCAACAACCACCACAUCCCAGCACACUGAGGGGCCUGGGUCCCCCUGCUAACAGAGAAAACUCCUGGAGGUACACAAAGGGGCCACACACACAAUGUGCAUACAGUACACACACACACACCCACACAAUAGUAUCUGAUUUAUGGGGCCAGCAGCCACUGGCCCACAAGCAUAAUUUACUCAAACAGUGCCUUGUUCUUAGACAGUGUACUGACUCCUCACCCAGCAUCACCCUCUCACAUAGAACAGUACAGUGAUGUCUGCCUUUAGGACAGCACAAGCUGCCCAGUCAUUCUGAUCAUCCCAUGUCAGUCCUGCUGCUCUAUGAGUGAGCCUCUGACAGAGAUACCAGGCAUGCCACACAUUGGCCAGUGUCACUAUUGCAGUCUCCUGCAGACUGGAGGUCAAGGGAAAGGGUUAAAGGUUAAGUACAAUGGUCCUGUGGGCAGCCACGCUCUUCCUUCUGUAUUCUCAGUGUACUGUGUCUGAGACUAAGAUGAAGACAGACUGGGCUAUACGCAGGUCAGGUACAUUGGGUUGGUUGGUGUUAUUCAGUUCUCUUUGGACUUGAAAGGGGCUGCUCCUUGUAUUACUGAUAGGCCCUCUUUGGAAAGGGUGUAUGUGUAACUUUAAGGUGAAGUAUUUUCUUCCUAGCCUGGUCUCAGAUCUGUUUGUGUGGUCUUGCCAACUCCUACGACAAUGAUAAUAGGAGUUGGCAAUAGCACACAAACAGAUGUGGGACCAGGUUAUUCUCUUUGGAUGUGUUUUAAUAUGACCUGUUAACUUGUGAACGUAACUGGAGUAUUACAUUUUUUAUACAUUGGAAUUAGAAAUGGAACAUUGAUCAACUUACCACCUGGCUGCCUUGGGAGGUAACAUUGAUCACCUUACCACCUGGCUGCCUUGGGAGGUAACAUUGAUCACCUUACUGCCUGGCUGCCUUGGGAGGUAACAUUGAUCACCUUACUGCCUGGCUGCCUUGGGGGGUAACAUUGAUCACCUUACUGCCUGGCUGCCUUGGGAGGUAACAUUGAUCACCUUACUGCCUGGCUGCCUUGGGAGGUAACAUUGAUCACCUUACUGCCUGGCUGCCUUGGGAGGUAACAUUGAUCAACUUACCACCUGGCUGCCUUGGGAGGUAACAUUGAUCAACUUACCACCUGGCUGCCUUGGGGGGUAACAUUGAUCACCUUACCACCUGGCUGCCUUGGGGGGUAACAUUGAUCACCUUACCACCUGGCUGCCUUGGGGGGUAACAUUGAUCACCUUACUGCCUGGCUGCCUUGGGAGGUAACAUUGAUCACCUUACCACCUGGCUGCCUUGGGAGGUAACAUUGAUCAACUUACCACCUGGCUGCCUUGGGAGGUAACAUUGAUCAACUUACCACCUGGCUGCCUUGGGGGGUAACAUUGAUCACCUUACCACCUGGCUGCCUUGGGAGGUAACAUUGAUCACCUUACUGCCUGGCUGCCUUGGGGGGUAACAUUGAUCACCUUACCACCUGGCUGCCUUGGGAGGUAACAUUGAUCACCUUACCACCUGGCUGCCUUGGGAGGUAACAUUGAUCACCUUACCACCUGGCUGCCUUGGGAGGUAACAUUGAUCACCUUACUGCCUGGCUGCCUUGGGAGGUAACAUUGAUCACCUUACUGCCUGGCUGCCUUGGGAGGUAACAUUGAUCAACUUACCACCUGGCUGCCUUGGGGGGUAACAUUGAUCACCUUACCACCUGGCUGCCUUGGGAGGUAACAUUGAUCACCUUACUGCCUGGCUGCCUUGGGAGGUAACAUUGAUCACCUUACCACCUGGCUGCCUUGGGAGGUAACAUUGAUCACCUUACCACCUGGCUGCCUUGGGAGGUAACAUUGAUCACCUUACUGCCUGGCUGCCUUGGGAGGUAACAUUGAUCAACUUACAGCCUGGCUGCCUUGGGGGGUAACAUUGAUCCACUUACCGCCUGGCUGCCUUGGGGGGUAACAUUGAUCCACUUACCGCCUGGCUGCCUUGGGGGGUAACAUUGAUCCACUUACCGCCUGGCUGCCUUGGGGGGUAACAUUGAUCACCUUACCGCCUGGCUGCCUUGUGGGGUAACAUUGAUCAACUUACCGCCUGGCUGCCUUGGGGGGUAACAUUGAUCAACUUACCGCCUGGCUGCCUUGGGGGGUAACAUUGAUCAACUUACCGCCUGGCUGCCUUGGGGGGUAACAUUGAUCACCUUACCGCCUUGCUGCCUUGGGGGGUAACAUUGCUUUGUCAUCUCAAUCAUUAUGACUGUGAUAGUCAAUGUUCUCAAUAUCCUGCACUUUUAAAAAAUGUUAACAUACAACUGGAGAAACGGAUUUGCAUAUGACGUUACUUUGCCUUUUGUUUUACACUUUACUUGAACUCGCUGCCAUAAUGCUUCAUACCAGUUUCAUUAACAUGUCAUAAAGCUUCAUAGCAUGUGUCAGGUCUCCAGGAUAUAAUAUGCCAAUGUUAUGACACAUAUAUAUUUACAUGUAUUAUGGUAUUUAGCCUUAUGCUAUGAAGCUUCACGGCAUGUUUACGACGAGUUCAAGUAAAGUGUUGUCGCCUUUUCUCUCAGAGAAGUGUCCUCCGUGAUAAUGCAAUCCCUGAACAGCAUUAUGACUUUCUUUUCAUAUUGUACAUAGUCUAUAAAUAACCGAAUGAAAAGAAAAUGUAUAUGACGAUGAUCUGAUUAUCUGUACGGAAUUUACUUGAAAUGCCUUGAGUCUUAAAUCCUAUAUUGGUACAGAAUGUAGUCAGGAGGACUGAUUUGAAAAUCAUGUGCUUGUGUCCAAUACAGUAGAUAGUCUUAGUAACUCACUCAUGUUGAUAGAGAUGUUUGAUCAUACUGUAAUCGUGGUGUGGCACCCUGUUUCCUAUGUAGUGCCUUACUUUUGACCAGGGCCCAGAGGGCUCAAGUAGGUGCUUCUGGGCCCUGGUCAAAAGUAGGGCAAUAGAUGGAGAAUAGAUUGCUAUUUGGGACAUAGGCAUCAACUCAUCUCAUACUGUAAUGGUCAUUCUCUAUGGUUCGUUAGGGGUUCAAGCAGUGAAGCUGUGAGAAGCCCUAUUGUAUUUGUUGCCGUUCAUUAUUAUACAUCUUCUUCCGCCAAGGAAAAUUAAUACGCACAUUCCUGUAAGGCCUAAGAGGGUGCAUUUUGGCGUGAUGUUAAAGGCCCAUGGGCCCCACACCCUCUCAAGCAAUGCCAUGUCAAUUGGCCUCAUGGUGGCAUAAUAACAAGCGAUUGAAGAUGCAAACUUUGAAAGGUCAUGUCCCUUACCCCGUUUGAGCUAGAGUCAUGAAAUGUGGUACAUAGGUGCCUCUCCUCACAAGGAACACAUUUGCUUCAAUGACGCAUAAGGUUUUCCAUUAUGGAUUUUCCACCAUUUCCAAUUCUUUGAUAAACAUUUAAAAUGCUAUUCAUCUGGCAUCGAAUGACCGAUCUGCAUGAAACUUGAUACAUGGUAUCUAUGUACCAAGUUCUCUCAAAGCAAUAUUUUCCAGGAUAGCAACUCAAACAACAUGGCAGCUACUGACCAAUAAACAUUUAAGUGGGUGUGACCUGGCACAUAAAUGCAUAUAAAUCAGACACAGAUAUGUGUAUUGUAUCAACUUCAUACACAUGUUCCAAACACUGUCAAAACUCAACAUAUGCAAGCACAUUUAGAUCAACCACAAAGUGGCACUGUCAGGGGCACUUGAUUAUACCUCUUGAUCUGUUUGACUCAGUGAUGAAAUUUGGCACACGCUCAGGGAUCUGGGUGUAGCUAACUUGUAGAGUAUGGUUAGGUUUCCUGUCAAAACAAUCAUGCAAGCUCAUUGGCUUAUAGUGGCCAUGUUGUUUGAGCUAGAGUCUUGGAAAAUAUUGUGUUUAAAGACGUUCAUAGUUGCUAUAUACCAAAUUUGUUGCCAAUUGGUCAAGCGAUUUUCUGUUGUCGUUUUUAACUCUUGUAACUCAGUCACAUGGAAUUCAAUUUAAUAUCUGUGUAUAAAAUGUGUAUGUCUGUAAAAGUUUUUAUCUUCCACAAUCACAUGACAGUAUGAGAGUAUGUGUGCACUUAAGAGGGGAAUGCCCUUUGACACUUUUCUGUCAACAGAUGGUGUGUUUUAUGUUGAUCAGAUGCUAUAUUGUAAUAAAUCUAUGAUAAGAUGAGA